ACAUGUCAGAGGGCAAAGAUCUAAUACUUAAAACUGAAAUACAUAGAAUAGAUUAUAUCUUUUGGUUGUAGUAAUGUGCUGGGCCCUUCAUAUGAAUAUCUCAUUAAACUUUGCCAAUGACCCUGUAAACGUUUAUCCCUAUAGAUCCCUUUUCAAAGCUGUGGAUGUGGCUAUGACAGAGAAUACUUGAAUAUUUGCCGAGUAUGUGAAAGACCCUGGGUUCCAUCCUUGAUACCAAACACUUAAGGAGGGUGUGUGUACGUCAGACAUUGAGAAGUUCCUCUGUGCCACCACAAACUAGGUUUGUGAGAGCUGGGAGGCCAGGUGAGAAAUGUCUCAGGCUGUGCAGACAAAUGGAACUCAACCAUUAAGCAAAACAUGGGAACUCAGUUUGUAUGAGUUACAACGAACACCUCAGGAGGCAAUAACAGAUGGCCUGGAAAUUGUGGUUUCACCUAGAAGUCUACACAGUGAAUUAAUGUGCCCAAUUUGUUUGGAUAUGUUAAAGAACACCAUGACGACAAAGGAGUGUUUACAUCGGUUUUGUGCGGAUUGUAUUAUCACAGCCCUUAGAAGUGGCAACAAAGAAUGCCCUACUUGUCGGAAAAAACUGGUUUCUAAAAGAUCACUAAGGCCAGACCCAAACUUUGAUGCACUCAUCAGCAAGAUUUAUCCCAGUCGUGAUGAGUAUGAAGCGCAUCAAGAGAGGGUCUUAGCGAGGAUCAACAAGCACAACAAUCAGCAAGCUCUCAGCCACAGCAUCGAGGAGGGGCUGAAGAUACAGGCCAUGAACAGAUUACAGCGAGGCAAAAAGCAGCAGAUAGAAAAUGGCAGUGGAGCAGAAGAUAAUGGUGACAGCUCCCACUGUAGUAACGCAUCCACACACAGCAACCAGGAAGCGGGCCCUAGUAACAAACGGACCAAAACCUCUGAUGACUCUGGGCUUGAACUUGAUAACAACAAUGCAGCAGUGGCGAUUGAUCCAGUCAUGGACGGUGCCAGUGAGAUUGAGUUAGUCUUCAGGCCCCAUCCAACUCUUAUGGAAAAGGAUGACAGUGCACAGACAAGAUACAUAAAGACUUCAGGCAAUGCCACUGUUGAUCACUUAUCCAAGUAUCUGGCUGUGAGGUUAGCUUUAGAAGAACUUCGAAGCAAAGGAGAAUCCAACCAGAUGAACCUGGAUACAGCCAGUGAGAAACAGUACACCAUUUACAUAGCCACAGCCAGUGGCCAGUUCACUGUUUUAAAUGGCUCCUUUUCUUUGGAAUUGGUCAGUGAGAAAUACUGGAAAGUGAACAAACCCAUGGAACUUUAUUAUGCACCCACCAAGGAGCACAAAUGAGCUUUUAAAAGUCAAUUCUAAGACUGAACUUUUUAUAGUCUAUCCUUUACUAUUAAAGAUGCACCAUUGUUACUUUCAUGGACAGACCUGGGAUAUGUUCAGUUUUCUUUCUGAGCCAGACUUGUUUACACUAUUAGAUUAAUGUCUCCUUAAUUUAAAGACAAUACUUUCUGGAAAGGACUCUGUAAGUCAGUGCUCCCCACUCCCGUCAGAGACGCUCUAAGUCAUGUGCUUACAGAAAAUGGGGUUCCUUUGGGGAGGAUACUUUGACCUAGGAGUUUUUUGUAGUUCUGUAUUCUUUAUUUUUUCCUUCCAGUUUUUGAUAUUUUCAGACAGUAUCUCAUUAUUAUAAAGCCCUGGCUAGCGUGGAACUUGCUGAGUAGAACAGGCUGGCCUUGACUUUGGAGUAAUACUCCUGCCCAAGUACUGGGAUUCUGCCUGGCUUAAGAUUCAGUUGGCCAUCAGCCAUCUUUUCCCCUUUCAAAAGUUUUUUAGCUUAAAGAAUGUUAGACAAUAUGUAUUCUGACUUUUUCCCCUUGAAGUCUUGUAUAUUUAUAGUUUUCUAUACAAACUGUAGUAUCUUCAUGAAGACCAAGGCUCAAAUUUACUGUGCUUAAAACAAUUCUCAUAGGAUUAUUAUUUUCAUGGUAUUUUCUUACAUAGUAUCUCAUUUAAAGGAGGUUCUUUAUGAACUUGGUGUCCAUUGUCAUGCAAUGUUUUGUUUUUGUCAUGUGUUUUCACUAUAAGUUUAGAAUUUCAGGUCAUGGGGAAAAGUCGAAUAAAGUUCUUUGAGAACGUGGUUCAUUUACAGAUUUCACUGAAGAAAGAGAAGUUUAAGUUGGUGAAAAUAUAUGUAUUCCUCUGUACAUUUGAGAGUUUACUGUUCCUUUAUUAUGUAUGUUUGAUGCUUUUCUCUAUUAAAAUACCAGAGAUUAUGGAGAUAUUUUGCACUUUAGCCUUGAUGAAAAGUACAAGAUAUGUUCAAAGCUUCCCCUCAUUUCCUUUCUUAUUAAUUCAAGAAUAACAUGACACGGAGAGUUAAAAAUAGAAAAGAAAGGUUUUGUUUGAAGAGUUCUUUGCAUUUUGAGUUACCAUGUGUUUAUAAAUUUAGUGCUCUGCUAAACUACACUCUGUAGAAACAGGCUAAUGGAGUGUGAACAGUGCAUUGAUAGAGAAUGGGACCGUUCUGUAGAAGAGUGUCAGCCAGCUGGGUAGCCAUGCAGACACUCGUAGUUUUGUACUGAGAAAGUGUUGGUAGUCUGGGAACCACAAGACUUUCUGCUGACCAGUCAGACUUAAUGUCUUAGAUUUCAUUUCUGUCCCGAUGCUACAUAUGUCUCCAAGUUUCUAUUCUCACAGUAUUUACAAAGACAUGUUUGCAUUGAAAAAUUGAACCCAAAGGGGUUUUGAUAGAAGGAAGAGACUUCCGGUACCAUUGUAACUAAAGUGUCAGUCAUUUUAACUAUUUAUCUGUCAGUUUAGACAGAUUGGGGCCAGCUUGAUGCUUUAAUCUUGAGCCGACUAUGAAAACUUAAAGGCUUAUUCAAUUUUUUACCAUUUUACUGAAAAUAUUUGAAAUCUGUUUUUACAGUUUUUUUGGUAAUCUGUGCCAUAAGAUUUGAAAACCACCAAAAAUUAUACGAACUUUUAUAUCCAAUUCCUUUUCUGGGGUAAUGUUAAGUUGUAUAGAUUAUUAAUGCAUGUUCACUGAAUAUAACUCUUGUUUUGUGAUGUGAUUGCUUAGACUUUAUUGGUGACAUAUUAGAUUAGUGGUUGUAUUAAAUAAUUAAAUUCUCCUUGUGGUUAUUGGACUUUUAUCUAAGCAGAAAGUUAUUUGUGACUAUAAGCUUUGUGCUUAGAGAAUGUAUGUGUUUUUAUCUGUCUAUGGGAGCACAUAAACUAUUUGCAUCAUUUAGUGAAGUUAUUAGAUGUGUACUCCUUUGCCAAAUAGAUAAUUGGUAGAACAUUGUGUGUGUGUGUGUGUGUGUGUGUGUACGUGUGCCUGUGUGUUGGGAGUGGAAUCCAGCUUGGCACCAACUUUGUGCUAGUAAGUAGUACUGAUGGCAAAGAGAGAAGAGGGGGCCUUCUACAGGAGACUAAGGCUCUGUAUGAUGCAGCAGACAGUCCUUGGGAUGGAUGCUCAACUUAUUCUCCUGCCUCAGUCUCCUGAGUAAUGGUAUGCUAAGAGCAAACCACAACACUCAUUUUAACACGUUCUCCCCAUGGAGUGAAAUUACAUUUAUGAUACCUA